AUGACCGGCUUUAUUCGGCCUUGGCAUAUCGGGAACCUCAAAGGGUACCGUAAAGUGGUAGGUUUUCCAAUACAAAAAUCUGUAUUCGUUCUGCAAAGCGCGAGCUAGGAGACUUGCAUAUGUCGCUUUAUUAUAAAUAAAUUUUAGGGAAUGUUUUACUACGCUUUUUCAAAAGUGCGUAGACAUUUUGUCGCGGGGCCGUACGAUAGAAAAAACCCCCACUUUGCACCGUGCGAGAGACCGACUUUGCACUGUGCAAAGACCCCAUUGUGCCCUUUGUAACAAGACCAUAUUGCACCGUGCAAAAAGAAACGAAAAAUGCACUGCUACUAGUAUCCAAUUCAGUUUUCCUUAGGCCGAGUUCUUCCUGUUUGAGCGCCGCACUUGUGCACUCCCCAAAAUAAAGUCAUCGCAUUUUCAGCGCGUUGUGUUGGUCGCUGCCGGCGAAUGGGAGAAGAAAUGCGGUGAAGACAUCCCCACCCCCGAAGGGUAUUUCUCCAUCACCUGCGACUGGCCCAACACUUUGCCCACAAAGAGGAACCUUUAUGUGUAAGUUGUCAUCAUCCACCAACAACAAAUUUAAUUUAACUUCUAGAUAUCACCGGAUCUUUUACGGCUCUCAAUGCCGUUUCACCGUCUUCCAGGACGUGGGGUUGAGUAAGGACACGGAAUGGCGCAUUUCAAGCAGUGACAGUGGAACUGCUGAUGAAAGUCAGUGCCCUGUGGAGCUAUAUCCACCGUAA